CUCUGGGUAGGUUCACUUCAUCACCAGGUGAAAAUGCAUUCCAGGUGAAGAUCACUGCUCCUGAUGAACAGUUCACUCGGGUUGGUGUGCAAGUAUUAGACAGGAAAGAUGGUUCCUUCCUUGUAAGAUACAGGAUGUAUGCAAGCUACAAAAACCUGAAGAUAGAAGUCAAAACUGGAGAUAAACAUGUCGCAAAGUCUCCAUAUAUUUUAAAAGGACCUAUUUACCAUGAAAACUGUGACUGCCCUCAGGAGGAGAGCAGCGCAUGGCUGGAAGAGAUGAACUGCCCUCAAAUCAUUCCACAGAUUCAAAGAGACCUAGCAAAUUUUCCCAUUGUUGAUCCAGAUAAGAUUGCAAAAGAAAUUCCGCAGAGGUUUGGACAAAGGCAGAGCUUGUGUCAUUACACCAUCAAAGACAACGAGGUUUAUAUAAAGACGUAUGGGGAACAUGUUGGCUUCAGAAUUUUCAUGGAUGCCAUACUGCUUUCUUUGACAAGAAAAGUGAAAAUGCCAGAUGCAGAAUUUUUUGUUAAUUUGGGGGACUGGCCUCUGGAGAAAAAGAAGUCCCCACAGAACCUGCACCCCAUCUUCUCAUGGUGUGGGUCCAGUGAGUCAAAAGACAUUGUCAUGCCAACAUACGACUUGACAGAUUCAGUUUUGGAGACUAUGGGACGAGUCAGCCUGGAUAUGAUGUCAGUUCAAGCAAAUACUGGCCCUUCAUGGGAAGACAAGAAUACCACGGCAUUCUGGAGAGGACGCGACAGCUGCAAAGAGAGGCUUGAACUUGUAAAACUGAGCAGAAAAUACCCAGAGAUCAUAGAUGCUGCUUUCACAAACUUUUUUUUUUUUAAACAUGAUGAAAGCCUCUAUGGCCCCAUUGUUAAACACAUUUCAUUUUUUGAUUUUUUUAAGUAUAAAUAUCAAAUUAAUAUUGAUGGCACUGUGGCAGCAUACAGAUUGCCUUAUCUACUAGCAGGAAACAGCGUGGUGCUAAAGCAAGACUCCAUCUACUAUGAGCAUUUUUAUAACGAGCUGCAGCCAUGGAAACAUUAUAUUCCGUUUAAAAGUGACCUGAGUGAUCUACUAGAAAAACUACAGUGGGCAAAAGAGCAUGAUGAAGAGGCAAAAAAUAUUGCAAAAUCUGGACAGGAAUUUGCAAGAAACAAUCUCAUGGGGGAUCACAUUUUUUGUUACUAUUUCAAACUUUUCCAGGUUAGUGUAUUUUUAACGGCUAAUACCACAAAAAUAGAAAACCCAGAGAAAGAAUUCAGGGCAACGGAGCUGCUGGAAAUUGGCCAGUCCAGUACUUGAAGCCACAAAGCAAGCAGCAGCAAGUUAGAACUUCAGUUUGUUUACAAACACUGCAUGCAGUUAAUUCCUAUGAAACCCCUUAAGACUACGCUGGCGGUUUCAGAGGAGCAAUCGGAUCACGUCAACGUUGAUCUAAUCUGCAAGAAUAUGUUUCCCACAAUGAUCAAAGAAUUCCACAUCAGACGCAGACGCUGUGAACCACAGCUGAAAAUACCUGUGCAUUAGCACCGAGAUACCAGAACUCCAGCGAGGCACCCGAAGGGGCUCCUGUCUGCAGUCAAGUAUCUGCUUACCCUGUCUGUGACACAGCGUGGAGUAACAGAUUGUGUAGCCCCAGAGUUUUCACAGAAUUACUCAGCUGAGUUGGUGCGGUGUUUACAACCAGAUGUACAAUCCAACAAGUUCGUGAAUUAACGAUACCUUCCUUUUUUAAAACUAGGAAUAUGCCAGCUUGCAAGUGAGCGAGCCAAAAAUCAGAGAUGGGAUGGAGAAAGUGCAGCAGCCUGAUGAUGACCUUUUUCCAUGUACUUGCCACAGAAAAAAGGUACAGUACGUACACUGUUCAACAUAAAAUGCUGGAUGCCCUCGGUUCAUAUUCAACCAAAUCGGAACAGCCAUUGCUCAAUAGCCCGUGGUAUCAGUUACCAGACCAUUAACGUCUGUCGAGCUUGGAAACAUUUCGUAAUGUAUUUGCAGGACUAGACAGUUAAAAAUUGAGUUUCCAAUUAACUGAAAAACGUUUCUUCUUUCUUGACUACAGGCCAAAGAUGAACUCUGACAGAAAGAAAUAAGAUAAUUCUUUGAAUAUUUACCUACGUUCAGAAUGCCUUCUUAAGGAAAGAAGAAAAAUUUGGAUUAAAAUGCCAGUGGAUAAUGUCAAUAGAUAUUAUGAAGUUUACUGUAUCAUGAUCUACAUAUGGAAGAAAACCAAGCAUUCCCUAUUUCCUUUUUAUCAUGCAGUGGUUGCAGAGCCUUGUUCAAAAACAUUUUUAUAACUUUUUUUUUUAAAUAAAAACCAUGUUUGUAUCAGUCAUGUGUUACUGUCCUGAGAUACCUAGGAAAUGCAGAUACUUUUUACUCAUGCUUGUUACACUGAGUCUAUUCACAAGCAUGUCCUGCAAAAAAGGGCAGGUAAGAAUUGUCAUCUUUUUCAGACUAUAACUUUGUUCCUUCUGAGAGAAUCAGUAUUCUCAAAGACGGUGACGUGGGGUUUGUGAUACAUCCUUUUAACCUGAAGGAAAACCACCGUGCUAUUGGACACUUUAGGAAUAUUAGAUAAAAGUUUUAAGUUCCAUAUGAUUUUUCACAGAUGCUUUGUCUGUGAAACUCAGUCUCUUUGGCAAUACGAAAAGAAUUAAGUAGCAUUGAGCAGUGACUACUGAAACUAAACCGAUCCCUGUUUCAACAGUCUAGUCUAUUUUUAAAAUACUUGCUUUCCGCUGAUACUAAGUAAUUCAACUGUUACUUUCUGAGCAUAUCAACAUCAUCUGAAAAUGAUCCGUAGGUGGAUUUAAAGUCGUCUAAAUUCAUCGAAUUCUAUGGUUAGCGCAUAUGUUUCCAGUCCAAAGUGAGGAUUUAUUUUCUCUGUAACACAGCCAGUCAAUUUAAAAACCAUGCGGUUAUUUUCUUUGCAAACAUUUAGAUGUGUGCUGUGCUUCUUGAACAACGCUACUGCUGAGAGAUCAGCGUUCUUGAGGCAUCUUGUGAGAAACAACAGAAGAAUAUUGUAUCUGAUUUUUAACUUUCACCUGCCUGUUAUUUUUACUAUAGUAAAAGCAAGCGUAAGGCGUAGUUUGUUUGAUCAUGUGGUAAACAAUAUAUGUUAUAAUUUAACUAUACUAACCUAGAGUCUUAAAUAGAUCUUUUAGACAAUAGAGCACCCCAAAAUAAAGCUAUCCGAUCUAAGCACCUGACCAAAACAUCAUAGACAUCCUCUCGGCUCACCAGGGCUGACUCGGCAUACAUUUAAGCAGCUCUGCAUUGUCACACACGAAACUGCUCCCAAGAACAACCCUGAGGCUAAAGCUGCCUGUUCGCAUUCAACUGGUCGCACUGCAGCAGCAAGCUGCAAGAUGCAGAACGACCAGAGCAGGUUUUAGGGAGCUCUUGGCAGUGGAGACGACACCACCAUCUCAGGAGAAACAAACAAGAUGCUUUGCUCAGGACCAACCAGCCAUUCCAUCUCAGGGUCACCAUUCAGCUGAUACUCGCUGAUGACUUGGCUGAAAGCAGUUAGCAUAUAGCCAUAACCUUUGGUUAUACCAACAGGUUACUCGUAGCCCACAAUGGGGAUGUCUGCAGCUGCAAGCACGCCCAAAGUAUUUCAUCCACUCUGCAACGUCAGAGCUCAGUUGAAGACCCGAGUUCCUUCUGCUAAUGGGUAAUGAGGUCCAGACCCCCACCUGCCUCUUCUGAGCCCUCCUGACAGAAGCCUUGUGCAACACGUCAUAACUGCUUCCUCCUCCAGGAGUUCCUCCACCAGUAUAAACAUUUGUCUUUUAUCAGUCGUUUUUUAUUUAAUAGUCUUCCAUGCCCAUCUCUCCAAAGGGCCUCUGUCAUCAGUCCUUUACGCAAGGGAAGUUGCUGGAGGGUGACUUUUCAAAACUGACCCAUGUUCUUUGCUCCUCAUGCACAACCGUGCCUACAUUACCUCCUCCUCCUCCACCCCGCACAGGCCGAGAAUCUGGCUCCUUAGGGUAGCGACAUUGUAAAUGACAAGAGAUUCCUCUACCUGUGUCACAGGUGUUCAAGCACAUUGGAGCACCAGGAUACGGCACCAAGGCAGAGUAGUACAACCCAUGCUGGCCGGCCUCAGGGGAUCCUGCUCGCAGGAUUCUACAGAUCA